UCAACUCCUCUGCGAGGGAUGCCCCUCCCUCGUCCACCAAGGAAUCUUUGGAUUUUUGCCCCGUCAAUUCCUGUACACCUUGCCACACCUGCCUGGUGUUAUUACUCUGUAGGUGAUCCCCCAGCCGCUGUCUGUACGCCUCUUUGGCCACCCGGAUACCUCUCUUUAAAUCCGCUCUGGCUGAGCUGUACAGCAUCCUAUUUCCACUUCUAAAAGCAGUAUUUCUUGCCUUUAGCAACCCCUGUACCUCCCUUGUCAUCCAGGGCUUCCUGUUUGGGUAGAUCUUUAUCCGUGCCUCUGUGUUACAUUGCCAGUGCAGAACCUGAUGUAAUCCAACACUUCCUCAGUAAGAGUCUCUACGUCCUGUUGGUUAAACACCUCCCAGUCUGUGUCAUGAAAACAGUCCUGUAGCUGUUGAGAUGCUUCAGCCGGCCAUAUUGUAAUACUCCUCUUUGUUGUUGGAAUCCGUUUCCUCAGUGGAAUGUAUACAGGAGUCAGAAGCAGGGACACGUGAUCAGAUUGACCUAGGUGUGCCAGCGGUUCAGCUUUAUAGGCUUGCUUGACAUUUGUGUACAGUCUGUCCAGGGUCCUUUCCCCCCUGGUUGCACACUUUAUAUGUUGAUAAAAUUUAGGUAGGACCACUUUCAAAUCUGCUUGGUCAAAAUCCCCGCUUACAAUAAAUGCAGCCUCAGGAUACUUGCAUUGUUGUCUAUUAACAGCUUCGUGCAGGAGACUCAAUGCCUCAUUGAUGUUCACAUCAGGUGCAAUAUAUACUAUAGUUAUCAGUACUACUGUAAAUUCUCGGGGGAUGUAAAUAGGUCUGCAUUUGAGCGUCAUAAAUUCCACAGUUGGGGAACAAUGACUAGCUAUCAACGUGUGGUUUGUGCACCAGCAGUUGUUUACAUAUGCACACAUUCUUUUACCAGAGUCCUCUGUUCUAUCAUGACGGAACACUGUAUAGCCUGUUAGUUCUAUGGCUGAGUCAGAUAUAAGUGGUGUCAGCCAAGUUUCUGUAAUCAGCAGAAGACAGCAUUCACUCACAGUUCUCUCAGUUGCCACCCACAGCUUCCACUCCUCCAGCUUGUUCACCAAGGAUCUCACAUUCGCAUAAAAAAUGCUGGGAAGUGAAUCAAGCACCAUGCCAGAGAUAGUCCCUAAGAAUAAAGCCCCAGGGGUUGAUUUCUGUGGGGUAAAUGAAUAUUACUACAUUGUCCGCUCAGACCUGGGCUGCUACAUGAGGUCCACCAAUUUCAAAGAGGGCAAGGACCUCAACGUGUUUAGCCUGCACAGAUCUUGCCAGGGAGGAGAUCACUACUUAGCCCAUGAGGAUGACCUAUUCUACAUCAUCAAAGGAGACAACUAUCGCCGUGUCAGCAACAUGAAUGAAGACUCAGGUGCUAUCGUCUACAGCCUCCAUCCCAACUGCCGUGGAGGGGACCAUUACCUCUCAGCCUUUGGAAAUUUCUACAUCAUUUUCCAGAAAAGAGGUGUUUACCGUCGGGUCACUAAUAUGCAUGAAGAUGCAGAUGCAGUCGAAUACACACUUCACCCAGCUUGCAAGGAUGGUCUCUAUUACUGGGGCAUCAAGGAUUACUAUUACUUUGUAAAACCCCAAGAUGAAUGGGGAGUCCAGUAUUAUAGAUGCACCAACUUCCAUGAAAAUGUGGAUCCUGUUACCUACUCCUUCCAUAGUGAUGUUGUGAACAUGCUCCCUGGAGGAAUGGCUGUUACCCAAGGCCCAUGUUAUGGUAGAUGGGAAGCUAUCAAGACCAUCUCCAAUGACUCCAGCACUCCCAUUGUAUGGAAUAAGAAGAUCACUAAGAAAGUGGGAUACAACAAGCAGAAGAUGAGCAGUGUGGAGCACAACUGGAACGUAUCCAUGACUGCCUCAUAUCAGUCAGGCGCUCUCACUGAGGCCAUUGCCAAGUACCAGUUCUCUCUCACUGCUCAGUAUGGUGGGAAGAGUGUCAACACAGAGCAGGAAGACUGGAAUGAAGCCACUGAGAUUGAAGAAUCUCUUAACGUGACCCUGAAGCCCAAGGAGAAGAUGUACAUAUGGCAAUACCAGCUGGGUUUGGGCAAGGAAACGGUCUUGUUCUGCCGCGAUAUGAAAUUUACGGAUAAUUCUACUCCACCUACAGAUAUUCCUUUGCCACCUUCUAAUAAGUGAAAAGAAAAGUGUUAGGCCAAAAGGCACCUUCAAAGGCUUCCUAUUAUAAAAUUUGAUUGAUUUCUAUGGGCUUAUACUUAAACAAUAUAGAGCUCUCACAAGCUUAGGGGGAGUUACCUGAGUAGUAUAUAGAGAUGCAUAAACUAAAUGUUGUGUAGUGGGUCUUCAAUUAUUUCAGCUCAGUGCAAAUAAGAAACAGGAGGCGAGGAUCUGGUACAACAUCUCUUUACUUCAAAGAACAAGUAAGAGCCAGAACGCAGGGAAUGGGGAAAACUGGGGCUUAUAUAGUAACAGAGAACUAGCAGGGAAAAGAUACAUUUUGACGGGAACCAAUGGCAAGGAUUCCCUCCAGCGUAAACCAAUCCAGCAGCAGAUCCAAGUCCUGCACUCUGAACCAGCAAAUGAUAUACGUUUUCGCUGGAACUUAUACAUUCAAAUAAACUGUAAUACAAUACAAUAAACUCUAUAUUCCAAUACAUACUUGGCUGUGCUAUUACUUUAAUACACAACACACACACCCAUACUUAGUGAGAACUACACACAAAGUCUUUCAGGGACUGUGGCUUCCUGCGACUUCUACUAGAUCAUCUCACUUCAGGUGUUGUGACACUAGGGGUUUGAGGCUGAGGGGUCUCCUUGGGAGUAUCUGCUACAGCUGUCCCUCCUAAAGCCCCCCCCCAACUCAUUAUCUUCUGCCA